AUGGAUUCUCUCUACCGCUGGAGUGACACCACUAAGAUUGGGGUCGCGCUCACUGGUCUUGGCUUCUUUUUUUCAGCUUUAGGGUUCAUAAUGUUCCUGGAUAGUGUCCUUCUGACUAUGGGAAACAUCCUCUUCGUAGUGGGUGUGGCACUGGUUAUGGGGCCUCUUCGUUUCAAAAACUUUUUUCUUGCGCGUUGCAGAGCAUCCACUUGCUUUUUUGUUGGUAUACUUCUCGUCUUGUUAGGGUGGUGCUUCCUAGGACUUCUCAUUCAAGGCUUUGGAGCUUUGAAUCUUUUUGGCAACUUUUUUCCUAUGGUCACACGUGUGCUUGAAUCACUACCUGUUAUUGGUCCUAUUAUUCUAUCAACACCAGUCCAGGCCGUUCUCAUUCGAUUAAAUUUAACGGGAAGAAAAUUUCGUUAUGUCUAGAUUUAUCUCUUCUAAUUUGAAGCUAUUCUCUAGAUCUGACACAUUUGUUAAUUGUAUGGCAAAAUACACUUGAUCAUAGCCAUAUAGAUCUAAAUAUCUUCUACAGCAAAUGACAUUGCAUCAGGAAUUCUAUGGAGUUUUGAUUUGGGUCUGAGAAAGAUGUCCCAAGAUGUUUCUGUA